AUGGGCCGUGAAGAAUUUAUAAGUUUUUAUAAGCCACUGCUUAAUUUUACAGAUGAUGAAUGGACAAGAUUUAUAAAUACAAUGGAAUCAAGAUUACCGUCUGCUCUACGUAUAACUAAUACUAAAUUUAAAAAUAAAAUUGAAAUUUUUUUUUUAAAAGAAAAACUUAUUUCUAAAAAUAAAUUUUUUAGAGAUGUGUACGAUACAGUACAUAAAGGAACAAGUCAUAAAGAUUUUAUUAUUAAUCAGACCAGUGUAGGACACAUACAAAAACAAGAGAUUGUAAGUAUGUUACCAGUUCUUCUUAUGGGCCUUAAAGAGAAUCACUCUGUUUUAGAUAUGUGUGCGGCGCCUGGUUCAAAAACGAAACAAUUACUAGAGAAGGCUUCUCUGGUAGUAGCGAAUGACUGCAGCAGUAAGCGAUUAAAUAUACUGAUAUCGGAAACUUGUAAAAUUCCUCAUGCAUCGUAUUUAGUUGUAAAACACGAUGCGUCGGCUUUGCCUGUUUUUAAAACUGAUUUCGAUCGUGUGUUGUGUGAUGUGCCAUGUUCGGGCGACGGCACUGCACGAAAAAAUCCUCAAAUUCUCAACAAUUGGAAUAUUGGUAGUGCUGCAAAUUUAUCAAAUUUACAGUACAGAAUUCUUAAACAUGCUAUUAAUUUUGUUAAAAGUGAUGGUCUUAUUAUUUAUAGCACUUGUUCGUUAAAUCCUAUAGAAAACGAACAGGUAGUAUUAAAAGCCAUUAUGCAAGAUGAUCUUGAGAUAGUAGAUCUUAGAAAAUUUAUAGACCAUAACAUUAGUAAAGACUUUGUUAUGAGAGAUGGAAUAAUAAUUAAAGAUGAAAAUGGUUUAAGAACAAAUUUUGAAGAUUUAAAAAAGUGUAUUAGGAUUUAUCCCCAUGAUAAUGACACAGGUGGGUUUUUUAUUGUAGGUCUUAAGAAAAAAAGCGUACAAGAAAAAGACUUUAGGCCUAAAAUAUGCAAAAAUAAUUUUUGUGAAAUAACUGACGAAUGUCGCAGUAAACUUGAGAAAGAAUAUUCCUUGGAGAAAAAAACACUAAUUUGCAGAGGUAAAAAUAUGAAUACGAUUUAUGAAACUACACCUGAAAUUUUAAGUACUAUUAAUAAUAGUAAGUUAAAUAUCAUGCACGUAGGUUAUAAAAUAUUUGAACAAUGUAAUUUGAACUUGUCUGGUUAUAGAAUGAAAAAUGUGUUUAAUAAGAAUUUUGAUGUAGAGAUUUCUGGAAGUGAACCGAUUAGAGCUAAAAUGGUGUAUAAAGAAUUUAGAAAGGGGAGUGUUGUAGUUAGGUUGGUAGAUUUUGAUGUGCUUAUAGGAGGUUUUUCCUAUGGAAACAAGAUUAGUUUGUAUAUAUCUAAUAACUUACAAAAAGCUUUAUUAGAUUUUUUUAAUUGA